AUGAUGAAAUGCAUUUGGUGUGUCGUGUACAAAAUAAGUACACUUGUCAAAUCUGGAGCUCAAGGUGUUGCUAACCAUUUGCAACAUGAGGAGAAGAUGUUGGUUUCACCAGAUGUGGUGAGCAAAGGAGGAGAGUGUGAAGUUCUGGGUCAUCGUUUCAUUGCCGAGACCACAAAAUUUCAUUACAUACGUAAUUUCUACGUGGAUCGUCAAUUUGAGCUUGAUCUACAAAAGGGAAGAGAGAAAUACAAGGGGGCAACAAGACUCAAGAAGGAGAAAAAGAAGUGGGAAAGAAAGAAUAAGAGAAAUCAAUCGAAAUCGCCGGUGAAGGAGGAAGGGGCGGAGCCAGUGAAGGAGGAGAAGGAGAAGGAGGAGCAGGGGACUGAAAAUGAGGAGGAAGAGGAGGAGGCGACAGAGACGAAGUAG